AUGGGAAAGACUCUUCAUAUCCGUGACUUUCACUACAAGUUUCGAAAACGCCUCACGAGUUGCUGGUUCCACAUGGCUAGACUGAACCCUACCAUCCUCGCCCUCCUACUUGCAUCUGCCCUCUCAACUGGCUCCCCAACUACCUUCUCUGCAGCCAAGUACACCAAAACUCGGCCACAAAUCCAACACUGCUUCUGCCGAACCACUCAUUACGGUCUCUUUUGCGGCUCCCGAACGGAAGAUGCAGCUGGAGCAUCAGGCGUGCCAGCCAUGCUCAGCGGUCACUGCGUACCGAACUAUGUGUAUCGAUGUAACGGCAGUGCUGUCAGUCCUGCAAAGAUUCAGGUGUAUUGUGGAUUGUGCAAGAGGAGUGUUGAUGGAGCUUUUGGUACCGACAGGUGUUAUGAGUAG